UUUCCUGUUCACCCCAAUGAGAGAGGGUCGUGAUGGACUUGCCCGUCAUUUGAGUUCACCGCUAGUUCCGUACCGUACCGCACUGACUGGUGGGGCUACUCGUUCAGUCAAAGGGCACCCAACAAGGACUUGUUUGUCAAAUAAAAGGGUUGUUGAUCGGCCGUCUGGAGCGCCGACUGUUCUUACACUAACAACAUGUCUGUGCUUACGUUGGAAGCUAAGUUAGAAAGAACGGAUGGUUCUACAACAUGGGGAUUUCGUAUGCAAGGAGGAAAAGAUUUCAGUAGCCCUCUGACCAUUCAAAGGAAUAAGAGCAAAACGUCAAAAGAACGGGUGGGGAGGGAGUGGAGGCUACGAUCGCUUCAACGGCCCUCAGAUCAACACCAACUGGAACCCCCAGCCUGCGGCUGUGUCUCCCGUCGCCCCGCCGGCACCUGCUGGAAAGCAGAACUUCAAUCCGACUCCUCGGCCCUUUGGUAGCCAAGCUCCAGCCCGGCCCAACUAUGAGAACAACUUGUCUCAACAGACGCAGAAUCUGUCCAUCUCCAGCAGGCCUGCCGAGCCACUGGCAUAUCAAAAUGCAGCAGAGAAAUAUAGCGAGCAGGAGGAUCCCCAGGACCCGUCUCAGUACCAGUCCAAGUCUUUCAAGUACCUACAAAACCUUAUGGAUGAAGGCAGAGAGCUGAACACAGCCCUCAAGCCCCGCAACACCGCUGCAUCCAUGCCUAGCAUGAACAAGCCCCCUGAGCCGGCCCCAGCCCCCUCCGCAGCCCCCAUCGCGGCCCCUAUUGGGCCCGGUAGUAAACCAGGCACUGUCAAGGCCAUUGUUUCGCAACGCUACAACAACCCUCUAGGUCUUUACUCCAACGAGAACGCCUCCACUCAGUUGGAGGGACAGUCUAAGUUUCUAAUGGACAAGGAUGAGGGAUCGGGUAACACAACCCAGGAGGAUUUCCCCCCGCCCCCACCACCCGUAGCCCGCGAGAGCGAGGUGGAUGAGAAGGGUAGGAAGAAGUACGUGCCCUCGGAGACGUUCCGCCUUGUGCAGGAGGAGGUGGGGCUCCUGCAGAAAGAGGAGGAGCCAGGCCCCGCCCACUCGCGCACCUUUAAAAUGCUACAGGCUCAGCUCAACAGUGGAGGAGGACCACCGCCGGCCCCUGCACCAACUUUCAAGCCUACCCCAAGCCCUUCCUACCAACCAAGCCCCGCCCCUGUCGCGCCCGCCUCUGCUGCCAAGCCUUGGGCCCCGAGCCCGGCUGCCCCCCCUCCCCCUGUGGUCAAUGCCUCCCCCCGCCCCUUCGGCUCCUCGGCUGCACCUCCUAAACCUACCGGCACGGGGGCCACCCGGGGCAAGCGAGGCGACGCUGCCAUGAACCCGGCCGCUCUGCCCACUGCCGGCAGGAUCCCAGUCUGUUCUGGGUGCAAUAUGCCCAUCAGAGGCCCGUUUGUGACUGCGCUAGGCAAGUGCUGGUGUCCAGACCACUUUGUGUGUGCCAACCCUGGCUGUGGCACCAAGCUCCUGGAUAUUGGCUUUGUAGAGGAGGGAGGAUUCCUCUACUGUGAGCGGGACUACGCUCAGCACUUUGCUCCGCAGUGCGACAAGUGUGGAAAACCUAUCAUUGGGGAGUGUGUGAACGCUAUGCAGAAGAGCUUCUGCCCCGACUGCUUCUUGUGUGCUCAGUGCAACCAGCCCAUUGGGGGUACCAAGUUCCACAUCGAAGAUGGAAAAUUCUACUGUGAAAGAGACUGGGCAGCCAUGUUCCAGACCAUGUGCGCUGGUUGCGACUUCCCCAUUGAGCCUGGCGACAGAUGGGUGGAGGCCAUGAGCAAGAACUUCCACUCGGAGUGCUUCAACUGCUCGGCAUGUCAAGUAAAUCUGGAGGGGCAACAGUUUUGUGCCAAGGGGGGCAAACCUUUCUGCAAGAAACACGCUCGCUAGUGGCACAGUCCCAUUAAAGCUUAGUAAUUAAACAACACUUUCUCUGAAAGAAGUUCUUGAUAACUAGAAAUACUAUGUGCUGUAUUGAUGAGCCCCAAAACUAGUAUUCGUGGUGGGAAUGUACUGUGCAAUUUUUGUCUGUCCUUUUUGUUGAAGAUAAACUUUUUAAUAAUGUAUUUGUUAUUGAAGAAAAUUUUAAAAAGUCAAUGUGUUUGUUCGUAUAGUCAGAUAGACAGAUCUUUUCUGGGAGUAUAAAAAAAUCUAUAAGUCAAAGGCAAUAGGCAUUUGUUCCCAUACCCAUGGCAGCAACAUGUUGGCCUGUUAAUAAUAUCAGAGCUCAGGACAUUUUCAGUCUUUAGAGCUGCUGUUUUGCAAAUCUGCAAUGACAGGCGGAAUGCAAAUUUUCAAUUAAAAAAAGUUUUCUUUGGUUGAUCAAAUUUUCAAAGCUUUUUCGGUUUUGCUCCCUCUGCCUUUAUCAAAGGAAGAAAAAGCUCGGCUGGGCCUUUGUGUGUGUGUGAGGGGUGGGAGGAGAGACUUACUUUCUCAAAAUCCAUUGUUAGCCUAACCUCUAAUGAUCCACUUGUAGAGCGUAUAAAAACAUAUUUAUGUACUAGCAUUUCCAGUUAUCAUGCAUCUUCUAGUCUACAACUUUUAUAACGUGUGUUGUUGUAUGCCACUCUGUUGAUGGUUUGUUUCACUACUGUGUGAUGUGAGGUUAUCCCUCCUUUUCCUCCCCCCCCCCCCUCAAAUCGUUAAGUUAUUCCUGCAGUGUUGAAUCUAGGAAGAAAGUGAUGUGCUGUUGUGUGCUUCUUUCUGACCAGGAUGAGAAAGUCCGAGACAUGCCAGAAUGUUCUUUUCUACCUAUAUAUAGAUAUAUAUGUAUAUAUAUAAACCCACAAAAUAGACUUUGAUUUCGACUUCCAUGCAUGCUCAUUUAAAAAAAAAAAAUUGGGGUGACAUUUCAAACUUGUUGUCAGUGAAAUAUUUUGUUAUUCAAAUUUGUUAUAUUUCAUUUGUUGUUGUUGUUUUUUUCCUUCUUGUUGUCAAAUUAUGGUAUGGUGACCUAGAUAAUGAUCUGUUACCUUUUACUUCCGAAUAUGUAGAUAUAUGUGAUACAAUAUUUUUGUUUAUUGGAGAUGACUCUGUCAAAAUGCAUGACUACUGCUUUUUCUACUGUUGAAGCAUGUGUGUGUGUGUGUGCGUGUGUGGGAGUGUUUGUUUUUAUAGCGACAGGUUCAGCGACCAGCACCAUUUUGCAGUGUGUUGAAGAGUGAGAUAGGAAAAAGAAAACGAUGUGACUGAGAGGGAAAGUGAUAUGACUGUACACACAUUUUUUUGUUAUAGAUGCACUCGAGAAAUGAAAUUGAAACCAUGUUCAUUGAACUUGCGUAUAUAUACUUUCUUACAGAGUUGUUGUUUUUUUCUGUCCCUGUCUCCCGAAUAAAAUGCAGGUUUUGUUUUCCGAUGUUUUCCAUGCUACCCUUAGCACACACACACAUUUUGUUUUCUUGCAUGCACUGUUGUUUGUUUGGUUUAAAUUGUUUCUCUAGGGAAUGGUACAAAAGUAGGUACUAAUCACUCGUGAGAAGUACUGAUUCUUUUUAUCACUUAGUCGGAUGUUAAUGUGAGUGUGAAAUUUCAAAAGGAACUGUUAGUUUCUUAUUGACAAGAUAGAAAAGUAUUGUUGAUUUCAGGCUUGUCUAGAUAUCGGUCACUUAUUUGUAUGUGGCAUGAAAGCAUUGCAUAUGAUUCACCUCUCAUCCAGAAGUCAUGAAAAGUUUUACUUCAUUUUGGAAUUUCCAUGAAAGUUGAGGAAUUGUAAAAAGCCCUCCUAUUUCCAAUUAUGGUUGCUUCCGUAUAUUCCCCUACCAAUGAAGUCUUGUCCCUUUUCGAUUUUUUUUCUUCUUUCUUCCAGUAUACUUUUGAAGCAACUCCACCCUAUAGAAUCAUUCCCAGGAAGUAAAAACGGUGGUGUCCAGCGUGCGACUGUCCCACUGGGAUUGCACAAAGCUGAGGCUCCAGGGCUUCCUUUUGCUGCUUCCGCAGGGAUUUGGCCUCAUUGUUGUUGUUGCGUUCUACAAGGAAAGGACUCUUUAAAAGUCGCAGGCUGGUUGUAGUGACUCAAACACACGUGCGUCUGUGCCUUGAGAAGUGCUGUUGAGAGUUGAGCCGGACAGGUGCGGUUAAAGCUGCUUACCUCCCUUAAUGAUCUUACUCGUCUCAGUGGGAGCAUGAAACGUUUGUUAUCAAAUUACAAGCACAGGUUAUUUGAUCCACACUUCAAGAGCCAGUGCAGUUUUUGUCCAGCUUAAAAUACAGUAUUGUCAAGAGUGUAUUUUGUGGACAGAGUUCUUCUGUUGCUCGAACGUUUCUAAAGCCUUGAUAAAACGUGCAACAACUGCUCCGCAGUGCCUUAUAUGAAGCAGGUUGUGUGAACGGAUUGUUGGAAGAACUUUUCAAUUAUUGUCAGUCUAUAGGGUUGAUGUUAUUUAGCUGAAGACUGGUUUAUACUAUAGUCAGUUUGACAUGGUUGAAGGUUUUGUAUAUACAUGAAAAACCUGUUGCGGAUUUUCUUUUUGAAGCUGCUGAAGAUGGGCGCAUCUGAACUAAAUUAGUUUUAUAGAAAAGUUGUCCUGGUUUCAUCAACUUCAUGUGAGUGAACUGAGAUUCACAGCAUGUGUUGUAGGUCCAUGUGUUAUUCUAUGAGAUUUCUGUUGUCUCAAUUGCAUAGCACAUUUUUGCUUUUGCAGUCUUGUUUGUACGUAACACUUUGUACAUAUCAGUAGCUGUGCUGAGAAAUCAAGUUUGUUUGAUUUGUGCCACAGCUUUCCUCUACACUGCUAGCUCUGAUGUGGCCUACAAGGAUCUGACCACUGUAGUAAUGACUUUUCCCUCGGUAGACCUGUGAUACUACACAACACUGGCGUUCUCAUUAGCUUCAGUCUUCCUCCUUCUGUUUAGUUGUGCAAAUAUAUACUUGUCUUUGGCACCGAGGGUGAGGCAUACAAAUGGUCCUACAUUACUUGUUCAUGAUAUAUAUUUGCUUUCAAAAUGAUCUAUGCAUUAUUUUAUUUUCUGUUUAGAUAGAUAAUGCAACACUGAUUGUAUGUACCAGAAAUAGAUUUAUUUUUUAAGAAAUCAUACAUAACAAACACUAAUUGUAUACCACAAUUGUUUUGUGCCUUCGUCUUUUGAGUAUCUGGGUGACUUAACGGAAAACCUACUUUUGUAGAGACGGUAUGUUAUGGGACUGCAGUUAUAAAUUUAUUCUUUUAUAGAUGUCAUAUUCUAUGGAGCUGAUUUUAUGAAGGAAAAGUCAAGGUUUAUAAAAAUUUGUUACGUUCAGAAAUACCGGUUGGUACAUUUAAGUACAGAAGAUACCUUUAGUCUUUGAAACUAAAAUGUUCAUCUCCAACCACGUGAUUUGAUUAACAAGACUCUUGGAGAGGAAAAGCUUCACUUCUUCUAUGGUAAGCUGACUGAAAUACUUGCCAUGUAGAUAACUGUGUUGAAUGUCCAUGACAUUGGUUACUGUAAAACUAUUGUCCCGGUACGAGGAAAGGCUGGUUACUUUCAACAGUCUUUGUUGUUUUACAGAACCCAUUUAUGCUGUUUAUUUUUACAGCAUCAGCAUCGUUUUCCCCACCCUCUCUGUGGCAUUUUUUUGAUACUUUGAUCAAAGGGACUGGCUUUCAGACAGCUUUAUGCUUGUGGCAGUUUAGGGUUUUCCUCUUCCCUGUGGGGAGGGGAGUGCUUUUUUAAAACUCUACAAAUAUGUACAUUUUACAGUCAUCCUGGUGUUCCAAAUGAAACACUUUGUUGUUGUUACUGAUUUGGAGUUGUCCUUCCGAGGAGAAUAGCUUUUUACUGUGAAAGUGUUGUUUUUAUGGACAGGAAAUUUUGUAUUUUAUGAGAUGCGGAUUGCAUUACAUCCACCCAGCUGAUUUUUUUAAAGAAUGAGAACAAAUAUUUUAGAGUAUUUUUUGGGGGGGUCAGUUUUCUUGAUGGCAAUUGACAUAUCAUAAGUGACUGCUGAAACUGUUGGAAUACAUACGACCCCCUUCUUCCCAACUUCCAGUCAUGAUUGCUCCCUAUACAACAUACCGUUGCGGUGCUAUGUUCAUAUCUUGACUAUACAUUUUUUGGUCUAUUUUAUUAUUGUUUUGUUUAUUGUUCGUUUACACUGAAACAUACACACAUCAUCCCGCCCUGCCUUGACGUAGCAUCAUUGUAGAGCAAUCUGGUUCAAUAAAAGUUGCGCCCUGACUAACCCA